AACCACAAACCGAAUUUUCGUUCAUUUAGACCAUAUAUACUUUUUAAAUUGCCCCAAAGUUGUGGGAUUUUUUUGGAGCGCGGUUCGCCCUGGAGCGGUACGCCAUGCUCUCUCACGCCGACCUCCUGGAUGCUCGGCUCGGUGAGUUAUCAUCACUAAACUCCGGCCCUAAACUCCAGUGUAAGACUUCAACUUCUUAUUUCCCCUUGUGAAGUGAUAGAUAGACUGUAUGCUUAAUUGUGUUAACAGCUAAAUGGUUUAUUGUUUCUAGAAGCUAUUCUUUCAUCAUCUCAAUGUAUCUGACAGGAAAUAUUGCGGUGUAAAAUUUCGACUUGAUUUACAUGAAGUUUAUUUGCUGUUUUAUAUUUUGAACUGAUGUGUUUUCCAUUGAGAGACAAAGCUAUAUUGCAUGUGACUCUGAUUUUAAGAUGCUGCGUUCGAAGAUCCUACAUAUAGCCUAUUUACUCUCCUCCCCGUCCCCUCAGGGAUGAAGGAUGCUGCAGAGUUACUCGGACACAGAGAGGCUCUCAAGUGCCGGCUGGGUGGCGGGGUGCCGGACCAGGGGCAUCCGGGAGACAUGGCCCCUGGUUCAGACUCCGUCGAGGGAACCACUCUGCUGCCGGGAGAAGACAUCUCCUCUGUGGGAUCGAACUCUGGAGGCAUGCCGGUGAACGGGAAGGAGCCGGAGAAGCAGCAGCAGCAGCAGCAGCAGCCGCAGCAGAGCUCCGGUCAGACUUCCAGCCAGCAGAAACAGAAGCGGCACAGGACGCGCUUCACCCCGGCACAGCUCAACGAGCUGGAGCGAAGCUUCGCCAAAACACACUACCCCGACAUCUUCAUGAGGGAGGAACUGGCGCUGAGGAUCGGCCUGACGGAGUCCAGAGUCCAGGUAAACACAUGUGCAGUGUGGAGGAUUUUUGAUCUAAGCGUUGGCAUGAUGUGGCGGGCUGUGGUUCUGGUCUAGAUGUGAGUUAGUGGAGUUUGUGGGUUUUUCAGCACCAUUAAAAUGUAUAAAUAUACAUAUAUAUAUAUAUAUAUAUUUAAGAGUAGACUGGAUAAACAGCACAGUAACAGUGGAUUGAGUUGUUUAGGAAGGGUCAUCCCGUGUGUAUUAGAAUAUAUUAUCACUUCUACUUUGGUUAAAAGGAGAUUCUUGUGAUUUUUCUCCAAAAUAUAGUUUGGCUAUUAGGUGUAUUUGUAUUGGAGGCAAAGGUUAGAUUUACAGAGACAGAAUAUUUCAUUAGUGGCCGUGUAAACAGCUCUGUAUAGCAGAGUAUAUAUAGUAUACACUCUGUACCCAAAAACGAACCUCAAAAAUGUACCUAUAGCUUGCCUGGUGUAAAGUCAUUCCAAUAUGAGUGUCUUAAAAAUCUGACAACUCAAACUUUGAAUAAGCCAAUUUAAAAUUUCCUAUAAUUUGUAAAUAUCAAACCGCUUCGUGGUUAAGUACAUUAGUUUUAUGAAGCAGCGUUGAGAGCUCUCCAAGGUGCUGAAGACUUUUCACCUCUCAAUCACGAGUAGGAAACAGGGGAUCACAAAUUUCCCACAUUGAGAUAAAUUCUAAUAUAUGUUAGCAGAAAAAAUACCAAAACCACCUGCAGGGACUGAAUCGGUUCUGUCAGAAAAAUAUUUUGAUUUUUUUUUCUCAAUUUUUCCAGUAUUUUAUCGAUUCGUGUGCUAUAGCGAUUUUGAACACUUUGGUCUAUAAUCUUAAUAAAUCACAUACAGUAGGUGUUUCAAAUAUUUUUAAAUUACUUAACUUUAGAAAUUAAAAAGAAUUACCUUGAUAGAAAUAAUGACAAAAGUCAGAGUCCAUCUGGAAAAUAGCUUUAAAAUGGCCCCCAUUUAACUGAAUGUUUAGGGUAGGUACAGCCUUUAGCCCGUAUUUUACCAAGGAAACAUAGAAAAAAAUAAUUAUUUAAAUAAAAACAAGAUAUUUUAUUUUAUUCCACAUACAGGAAUAUACCGAGCUCUGAUAAAGCAAACACAUUAUCAGCCAAUUUCAGUCUUAUUUAUAACAGUGAACGGCUUAUUAAGCAGUGAUGUGAAAUUCAUGCAAAUGAUCCCAGUGAAAGCAAUAAAAGCAGCUUCAUCAUUAGUCACCUUAAUAAUCAAUCUUUAAUCCGACCUCGUGCGGCAGAUAACCGCUCAGUUCAGCUCGUGCUCUGUUUGUAAACAUAAGUGUAUAGGCCGGACAGGUGCAGCCCUUCAGGGGGCGUGUUUGCCCGCGUGCGCGCGUGCCUUCACAGCCUCUCUGUUUCUAAAAUGCUCCAUCAGCGACGUCUUAAUAGGACUCAAGAAUAUAUUGUACUUUUUUAAUGGAAUGAGAGAUUGCAUUUUCUUUCCCCCGGAGUGUAAUGGGUUUGGGCGACGUUUCACGGAUGGCUGGGCGGAAUGAGAGCGAGAUUUCACUUUUAAUACGGAGGCAUCGACUCACGGCCCCGCGCGCGCAUUAAUCACGGCCGAAGAUGAUGAAAUCUUUAGAAAGACCAACAGGGACGGACGCACGUGCCUUAAAAAUUGUGGACGUGGGCAAAUGUGUUUAUGGUUCUCGCGCGAGCUUGUGGAUGGUCGGGUUGGCUGCUGUAUUUUCACCUGGCUCGUGUAAAGAACAACACGGUCUGUGCGUAAAGGAGCACCAACAUCGAGGACGUUUCAUUUAAUCUGCUUGUAAAUUAAAUGUUAGAAAGCUAAAUGACGUUACCCUCUGCUGCAGAACGGCCAGAAAUAAACCCACUGCAAUUGCUCUGUUCCUCUGCAAAGCGUCCCCUUUAACUUGAAUUUUCAAAUCCUGGAUUUUUACUUUUUUGGUAUAAAUUCCAGGGAUUCAUUAAAAACAGCAAAAUAUUUGAACUUGCAUUUCACAAAACCUCAUUUAUGAUAUUUGGAUAUAUGGGCUAUAACAAUAGGGUAGCCUGCAUCCAUUGGAUUUCUUGGCAAGCUGCAGACUAUAUUUCCACGAGCACCUUCAUCAAAUUUCAGAGGGUUUUUUUGUCAGUUCGUGCGCUUUAUAAUUCAGUAUUUUCCCACAGUUAAAUAUCAGAGAUAAGCAGGGACCUAUUGCAGAUAAAGAACUUGGUUUUGGCUAAUGGAAGUGAAUUCUACCUAUAGGGCCGAUGGGCGUACUUCCCAGUCACUGCACAGGCUGUUUUUGGCUACACGUGUGUUACUUUGUGUGUUUUGUUGUUUUCAUUUUCUUUGUUGCCACCUGGCUUCUCUUGAUGUGAUGGGAUUGUCCCAAAAUUAGCGCGUUUAAAUGUUUUUUCAGUAUAGUAAUAACACACCUGCAGGGACCCGCUUUAAUACCAUCUCAUGACCGUGAAAUUUGAGAUAACACGGCUCAGGAUAUGGUCAAACCGUCUGGUCUUUGAUGGCUCACGGUGUUAUCUUUCUGCUCGCAGGUUUGGUUCCAGAACAGACGCGCCAAGUGGAAGAAGAGAAAGAAGACCACCAAUGUUUUCCGAGCCCCGGGGACUCUCCUCCCCACACCGGGUCUGCCUCAGUUCUCCGCCGCGGCCGCUAUGGAGAACAGCCUGUGCUCCUUCCACGCCAACGACUCUCGCUGGGCUACAGGGAUGCCAGGGGUGUCCCAGCUGCAGCUCCCGCCGGCCCUGGGCCGUCAGCCGGGCAUGCCUCAGUCACUGUCACAGUGCAGUCUAGGCCCGGGCCCGCCACCUAAUUCCAUGGGUCUCUCCAACGGCUUGUCCUCCAACGGUUCCGGCCUGCAGUCCCACCUGUACCAGUCGCAUUUCCCCGGAAUGUCGGCCUCUCUAUCUGGUCCCACGAACGUAUCGGGCUCCCCGCAGCUGUGUAGCUCCCCGGACAGUGACAUGUGGAGAGGGACAAGCAUCGCGUCACUGCGGCGCAAAGCGCUGGAGCACACAGUGUCUAUGAGUUUCACUUAGUGACUUUUCAAAAGCUCCCUACCACCACCACCACCACCUCCACCUCCCUCUCCCGUAGGCCCCCUCUUUCUCUGAUUUUAAUCCCUCUGUGUAGAUCAAAACGAGCGAGCCAAUCAGGCCUGAAAUGUGAGAAUAUGGAGACUGAAUGCGACUUUACCUAGGCGUAAAAAGAGACUGAUGGACAAACGAGGGGAAUAACUUGGGUUUGGGGUUAUUUAUCUUGUUAAUUCAAAAGGAUUUUAUCAACUAUUGAUGAUGAAUACUAUUGUAAUGAUCUCUAGACUAAAGGCCCUAAGUACUGAGAGCCAACCAAUCGUUGUAUUUUCGUUUUUCCAGCGUGCGUAUUUACGCACACAUGUUAUUGUGUUCAGGUGAAGUUGUGUUAUGUCAGAAGGUUAUUUAUAAGAUGGGGUAUACAGCCUACCACGCGCACCAAACUGUAGUGGACAUAUUGAAGCGGGUCUCAGGCAUGCUCUGUGCACGUGGAAUUAAAUGCUUGGAUGACUAUAGGGAGAAAACGGUGCCCACUCAGAUGGAAGAGGUACUUCUAAUAGAAGAGCUUCCUCCCUGGUCUGCAUCAAAUCUAAAGAGGAAAAACAAACAAUGAUGAUCCCUCAGUAGGCCUACUCUGUUUUAGGAUGUUUUGUGUAGAGAAAACAUUCUUGCUAUGUACCCGCUGGUCUUUUUUGUGACAUGUUUUAACUUAUUGUAUGUGCUAUAACUUACACAUUUCUUAAAUGUUUGAUCUUACAUCGAAAUGCACCACAUUGACGGGUUUGUACCGAUUUAAAAUGAACAAACAAAUAAAAGUAAUUUUCAAGAAUGUCAACACCAGAAUGAUUCAUGUCUCUGUUAAACUUAAAAAGAAAAAAACUCCCAUUUUUGAUCCUUCAGAUUUCACUUUGAAAUACAUGUGACCUGACUGAGCUUAUCUUGUUUUGGAUUAUUGAUGCCAUUCAAUGUUAGACAAGAAUCCCAAUAUUUAAACUUUACAAUUUGUACCACAACAGUCAGUCCACCAAGUAAGAGUGUAUUAUAGGCUAAUUUGGGACAUGUUCUCCUUUUAGGUCCAACAAAUACAGUUGAUUGGUUAGCAGUCAUUGCUCUCUUACCUACUGUAUUUGUAGAUAGUUAUAUAUGUCUAUCUAUAUCGCCCCACUGUGUGAGAUGCAGGGUUAAAGGGUCUCUGCAGGGUGAGUGGUCUCAUGGUGGCAGACAGCAGUGGUAAAGAUGUCAGUGUCUGAUAUGUGACGGUCACUGCCUUCAACCAUGACGGUCAUCCCACACUGAAGGGAUUGGAUAGACUGUAGCCAAACAGGAGGGAUCAUGGGCCUGUUUGACUCUAUGUCUGCAGUCACUUAUAUCUCUGUUUCUACAGCUGUGGUUUUAAGGCUAAGGUUGGCUGCUUUUGUCUUAUACCCCCUGAAGCUGAAAUGGCAUAGUCAAGUAGUUGCAGCAGAAAUAAACUUGUAAUAUGUGCUCAAGUUUUGCCAGGGGAGGUGGAAGAAAAAAAGCCUCUGUUUUUGAAGGACUGCUUGGAUUGUAUGUAAUCCUAUUAAUAAGUAUCACAGUUUGGUCUGAUGUGCAUUGGUCUAUUCCUAAGUUGCAAAAUGGCCAUAUGUACAAAAAGAAAACAGUCAAUCUGAAGCGCCGUAAAAGUUAUUUAAUAAGCAAAUCACCAAUUUGAAGUCAAGUAACUGAUGAUUCUCUGGCGAAUUUUGAAGAUAUCUUUAUUUGCACAGUGCAGUUUACUUCUAUAAGACUUAAUAUAAAAACAGAGGGAGAGAAAGAGACUUUAUAUCAUAUAAACUAAAAACUCACAAUGUUAUACACCAUGUAGAAUAUAGUGACAGGAUAUGCCUGUAGUCUUCCUCUAGAGUCAAAAUUGCAGUUUAUUGAUAGCUUUGACUUCCACCAACCAGUCAGCAUCUAAAAAUUGUGAUUAGUACAACCCUAACAAAUAAAAAUUGAAAUAUUUGCUAAAUUAAAAGAUGAAAACAGAUUGUUCGGGGUUUCCUGAGACUGAUUUUCGCAGGAAUUCUCAUUGGAAAUAUAUAAAGAAAUUUCUUGUAUUUACUAAUGUCUCUUUAUUGGUAGCUGAGUUGAUAUAGUCUCUGAAAAGUACAACAAACAAAACAAGAAAAUUAUGAGUGUCGCACGCUUUUAAGGAUGAGGUCCUGCUCGUUCUUGUGCUUGACUUAUGAGUCUAAAUUGGCUUCUUGAAGUUGGGAUACACACAUUUUCAUUAUCUCAGGUUCAGCAUUAAGACUAGCUUCUUUUAGUGUACAUGCAUACAAGGAGUUUGCAUCCUUUUGAUCAUGUGGCUUUUAUUCAAAUACUGUGCUUGUUUGUGUUACUCAAACUCAAAAUUAUGUUGAUUUGAGAGGGAAUGUCAGUAAACUCAGCUUCACAAAAGUAAAUAACAUUUUCUCCAAGUGAGCCGACCUCGCUGUGUGUGUGUGUGUGUGUGUGUGUGUGUGUGUGUGUGUGUGUGUGUGUAUUGUGUCGAAGAUUAUAAGUGUCAACUGCAGCCUCAAAUCACAGCAGCUCAGAUUCCUCAGCGUGUUAACCUCAUCUCGCUGUCAGCGCUGAGGCCAAUUUACGGUCACGGGAUGCUAAUUGAUGAGAUAUGGCAUUAGCAUAAGCAGUCCCUCUGCCUGUAAACUUCUAAUUGGACUUUCUGUAACAAUGCAGGGGGGUUAAACAAAAGAUUAAUCAUAAUUAACAAAAGUAUAUUACUUUCCCAUAUUAAACAGUUGGUUCCCACCUUUUCUAUUAACAUAAAUUUGUUUGCAGUAAUUUAGUGAAUUAUUGAAAAUACCAACCCAAGUCAAGACCCUGAAAAAUCAUUUAUUUCUCUCUGUGCUUCACAUUUGUGAGUCGGAGUGUGUGUGUGUGAAACACUGUGUUUUACAAAAUUAGCUUGAAUUCAAAAACUAAGUUUUCCAACAUACAAUAAAGAAUACAUUUAGUUUUAUUUUCUGAAGUAUUUAUAGGCGUCUCAUUCAGAUGCCAAUCAGGACUACUUUCCUGGAUCAAUGCAAAGCACUUUUAAACAUACUUUUGAUGCAAUAAAAUCCACCCCCUUAAAGGACCAUUUUGUGUUGGUGAAAUCCAUUUUAAUCUGCAAUUGUAACAUGACCUUGUAUCAACAAGUUCAAGAGGUGGGCAUACUUCAUGUCUCUGGUAAGGGAAAACACUAGGGUAUCAGAAUGUUUUUACCCACUGACCAUUCCAGUUUGUGUGAAUCUGGAGUGGAAAUAGGUGUUAGAACAACCAUUCGUUUGAGAAAAACAGUAAGAUAAUCCUCCUCACCUGGCUGACAGUUUCAUAAUAAGAAAGCAUCAUUUGGGAGAAAGAAAGAAAACCCAAAUCAAUAACAUUUUUCUUUACUUUAAUGACUGUUUGGUUACUGAUUUUUCAUAUACUGUAUAUUUACUUCUUCACCAACCGCCCCAGCUAUGUUCUAGCCUAUCAUUUUUGCAGACUAAACGCAGGUGGCCCACCUUCCCUGUGGAGGAAUCUAAUGACAAGAUAUUGCAUGACAACAGUUGAUCAAACCUUAAAGCACCAGCCCAACUGACUGCAGCUCCACCCAUCCAGGCUGGAGCUGCUGCAGUAGCAGCUCCCUGUGAGCGUCUCUGUGUAUGCUGUUCUGUUAAAUGUAGCUCUAGGUGUGGCUCAGCCCACCAGAUUCAGGCCCUGUGCUGACUAUACUGUGUCCUGGUCUGCAGUAACAGAUGUGAAAUCACAUUACCCAAACGCUGCAAUUAGUCUCACUCGCUCGCGGGUUAAUGAGUUUGUGGAAAUGUGCGACCCAUUCCUCAUUAGGUAAUUUCUCAUGCACUGAUGAGAGAGGGAGAGAGAUGUGGGCAUGGUAACUUAGUGGAGAUGGCAUAUAGUCUGCUGCGACACAUACUGUACAACAGAGUACAGCUGGACACAUGAGGGAGGGAAUCUGUCACUUCAUCCCCAAUCAUGGAAUGAUACCCAGAUGCAUCCUGGUGUUUCUUAGAAUAUAGAUAUUCUGCAUUUUUCCAUAACAGAGAUAUUAUAACACAGUAAUUUUGGUAUUGGGAUUUAACUCAGCAUCUCAACAAUGCCCUUUACCUUAUUGGAAAAAACACUGAUGUUAAAUUGAUACAGAGCCUCAAAGGUCUCUAACAACAAAAUGAUGUUAAUCUUGUGAACAAAAGACAUCUUGGUCACAAAAUGCUUUUAUUUGUGCACACAAGUCACCAUCUUAUGCUCACAAUUUAUCAUCUUGGGUGCACAGUUAGUUUUCUUCUGCAUUAAGUAUAACCUUGUGCUCAUAAGUAAUUAUCUUGUUUAUAUUAUACUAUACUGAGGGCAAAUGUUACCAUCUUGUGCACACGAUUGAUCAUCUUGUGAGCUCAGUAUAAUCUUCUUGUGCUCACACGUUACUUUAUAACUUUUAUCUUCUUUAACAAAUACAAGUCCUGUGUGCAGAGCUUAUCAAGUUACCAGGUCCUUCCCACAGCACAUUUGUGUUGGCGGCCAUUUUUAUAUAAUGCAAUUUCAAUGGGCACCAUUUCAUAACUGGGUUGGUCCUCUAAAAGAACAAAGCAAAAAAACUGAAAGUUUCAAAUGUUUUAUACAAAAAUACAAAAUAAUAGUUUCCUGAACUCAGAGACAAGAAUGAAAUCUGACUUUUAUGUUUCCUUGGUUUCGUAUUUGUUGCCUUAUUUUGUUACACAUUUUUUAAAAUACGGUGUAUCUCCCUUUCUAUUUAAACGUCCUACCUUUCGCACAAAUCUCCCCCUUUGACAGAAACUACUCUAAACAUCUUAAUACUGUUAUCAUUUAGAAUAAAUACAUGUCCUUCUCGGUUUGUACAGGCCCUUCAAAUGCAAAAAGCCUUCAUAUUGUAGAUUAUUGUUCAUUUCUUUAUUUUCAGUGCAGCUUUAAGAUCGGCUACAUCACAAAUUUUUUAAAACAUGCAAAGAAGUCAAGCAGCAUCUUCUGCCUGCUGAGGUAACACCCGUUCGUCUUACUGCCAUGCUUGUUUCCUUUCCUUUUCUCCUUAUUUCCUCCGUGUGAGGACUGUGUGAAUAGACAGCUGGGGGCAAAGCUCUGUCAGGACACAAUGGGCGACAACAAAAGAACUAAUUAGCAAUCAAUUACUGACGUGUUUCUGUCCUGCACCUUUUAUCUGGUUAGAGUGUGGGGCAGGUUACCACUCAGCAUGCAGCAUUAACACACACACACACACUUACACACACAUACACACACACACACCACCUGCUGCCUAUGCAUGCGUUUCUUCUCUAGUGAAUCCAGAUUACUGCAGGAGUGUAUGUGGUCACCUAGUGAUAUGCAGUGUAAUGCAAGAGAAUGCAAACCCCCCUCCAAAUUAACCCAAUUUAGAGCUUUCAAGGAAGCAGUAUGUCACUGUGUCUGCACCAUAGAGUGUCAAAGAUAGUUGUUCAUUAGCUUCAUCUGUGCCAAUCAGUCUCUUGACUCUCCUUUUUAUGUUUCUUAUUGGUUCUGUCCUUUCGCCGUGACGUCUUAAGUGGAUAUAAGUUUGGAGUGAGGAGGUAAAUUUCUCGCUUUCCAAAAUUUUCAACCAACAACUUCAUAAAAAACAACAAAGACUAAGUAGAUUUAGCAAAUCUGGGCAUGUGGUUUGCUCAUUUAAGCAUCUCUCUCUCUCCACUGUUGUUUUACACACAUGCACACACACACACACACACACAAAUGCACAUGCAGUGACAUCUGGGGGAAAAGUGUGCCGUGAGGAGGCUGCGAGUGCCUCUCAUGAUAACAACUCUGCAUCUCAACAACCUGCAUCCAUCAUCAUCAACACUAACAUCUGCUCUGAGCCUCAGCCUUAAAUCUCUUUCUACCCCCCUUCCCCACUCCAAUCUUUUACCUCUCUCCCUCCACCCCCUCUUCCUCUUCUUCUCUCUCCUUUUUUCCUCUUCUUCUGUUCUGUCCAUCUUUCUCUCCCAAGGAAGCUGCCUCGUCUGCCAGAUUUCUAACCACUCUGCUCGCUCGGCUUUGACUCCCAUCCAAAUCGCCUCAUCUGAAGCAUACAUGUGGAUGUGUUUUCUGUUUCAGCCAUCCUUAAAAUCAAUAUUUAAUGAUGAUGUUAUCAGUGCUUUUAUGUUUAAUUUAGCCAGAGUGUCAGUAUGGAUGAGACACUGUCAGCUUUAUGGCGUCAGGCAUUUAUUUUCUGUUAAUGGCUGCUCCUGGUGGUACACAAACCGAAACCCAGAGGAUUUCUGAUGGAUUUGUCUGUUUCACUUCUGCUCAUGCAUGUAUUCACCACCAUGCCUCCACACCUACAGCACAUGUCUACCUGCUAACACACACACACACAGAAAGAGAAGUUGAUCAUGUAGGAUUUUGAAAAUGCAUCAAAAUGUUGUAUAAACACCAGGGACGCUGCACGCAGUGGGAUUCUUUUGCAGCAGAAUACGGAUGUAAUUUUGUCUGCAUCGUCUCAAAGCAAAAUCAAUCUGUUUACUUCAAAGCAAACAGCACUGUGCCGUUUUGACAUUUUCCAAAUCCAUGACAAUUAUUUCACCUCCUCAGCUCUGGGAGCCAACAUUGUUGAGAGGCAAUAAUCAUGCUAGUUUUCUCAGUCAUUUUUCUCCCAAUAACAAGCCAUUUUUAAUCCAAUUAGGAGUGCUAACGUGAGAGGCAUAAUACCACGGCCCCUGGGACACAUGAGAGAAUAUGCAGGACAUUUAUCCCGACAGUCAAUAUUGGAUUUCUCACUGAGCAGCUGUGCCUGCUCUCGCUGACAUUCUCCACCUCUGCACAGUGAUCCGUCCUGAUUAAACCAGCUUUUCUACUUUAUCAACAUUCAUUAUAUGACCUGGUCAUGCAUGGCCACAGAAACAAGGAGUAGAAAAGUUACAUGCUUCUUGCUGGGGUUUUCCUCCUGCACUUUUUCACUCAGUACAGAAGUCAAGUGAAAGGUGAUCAAUCACGAGGCUCUUUUUCUGGAUCUUGGCUGGUGUUUAAUAGGCAGAAAGGUGUGUGAUGGUAUUCCC